CUCUCUCUCUCUCUCUCUCUCUCUCUGACUCUCCCUGACGAAAGAUCUCGGAGGUGAUCUCUGGACUGCUCCUCUUGGGCUAAUAAGGGAAACCCUGUGCAGUGUGACCGUCGUCGCUCCAGAUGGCCAUAUCUCAUAAUGACCAACUUUCUCAGAUUGAAACAACCUGUGGAUCUCUUCUAUAUGAGCUUCAAAUGAUAUGGGAUGAAGUUGGAGAAUCAAAUGAUGAGAGAGACAAAAUGAUUCUUGAAAUAGAACAAGAGUGCUUAGAGGUAUAUAGAAGAAAGGUUGAUCAAGCAAACCAUUCUAGGGCCUAUCUGCGUCAAGCAAUAGCAGAUGCGGAAGCAGAGCUGGCUGCAAUCUGUUCUGCAUUGGGUGAGAGACCAGUUCAUCUCGGCAAGUCCAAUCAAAAUGCAUUAAGUUUGAAGGAGGAGUUAAAGGCUACAACUCCACAACUAGAAGAGAUGCGAAAGAGAAAAAAUGAUAGAUUAAGUCAGUUUCUUCAAGUCUUGGAGCAAAUAAGGAAGAUUUCAAGUGAGGUGUUGCCUGAUGUGCAAACUAAAUACAAAAUGAAUGUAGAUGAAUCUGAUCUAUCCACUCGGAAGCUUGAAGAACUUCAGAGGGAGUUAGAGGCACUACAAAAGGAGAAGACUGAUCGCCUGAAGCAGGUGUUGGAGCAUUUAAGAACUUUGAAUACGUUAUGCUUGGUUCUUGGUAUAGAUUUCAAACAAACCGUUAUGGAAGUGCAUCCUAGUUUGGAAGACACUGAAGGGUCAAAGAUUGUUAGCAAUGAAGUGAUUGAUAGGUUGGCUUCUGUCAUACAAAGCUUGAGGGAGGUUAAAUUACAAAGAAUGCAAAAGCUUCAAGAUCUUGCAACGGCUAUGUUGGAACUUUGGAAUCUAAUGGACACGCCAAUGGAGGAGCAGCAAUUAUUUCAGAACGUAACAUGCAAUGUUGCUGCUUCAGAACAUGAAAUUACAGAGCCAAACACUCUAUCAGUUGACUUCCUCAACUAUGUAGAGGCAGAAGUGGUGAGACUAGAAGAACUGAAAGCUAGCAAGAUGAAAGAGCUGGUUCUGAGGAAGAAGGCUGAACUAGAGGAGCUGCGUCGUAGGACUCAUUUGGUUGAAAGUGGGGGUGACAAUGAGGUCGAAAUCUCAAUUGAAGUCAUUGAAUCUGGUGCAAUUGACCCAUCUUUAAUCAUGGAGAGGAUUGAAGCCCAGAUUUCAUGCGUCAAAGAAGAAGCUUUUAGCAGGAAAGAAAUACUAGAGAGGGUUGAGAAAUGGAUGGCAGCUUGUGAAGAAGAGGCCUGGCUUGAAGAGUACAACAGGGAUGAAAACCGCUACAGUGCUGGUAGAGGAGCCCAUCUCGCAUUGAAACAUGCAGAAAAAGCUCGAGCAACAACUCAAAGGAUUCCAGGAAUUGUGGAGGCUUUAUGCAACAAAGUCAUAGCAUGGGAAGAAGAAAGAGGCAUUGAAUUUACUUAUGAUGGUGUUCGCCUUCUGUCCAUGCUAGAAGAGUAUUCUUUUGUCCGCCAGGAGAAAGAGCAAGAAAGAAAAAGACAGAGGGAUCAGAAAAAGCUGCAGAGUCAGUUUCAAGCUGAGCAGGAAGCACUUUUUGGAUCCAAACCAAGUCCUUCGAAGCCACAGUGCCUGAAAAAAGUUUCAAGAACUUCUUCAGGGUUUGCAAACAGAAGAUUAUCCUUAGGGGCAGCUGCAUUGCAGCCAAUGAAACCAGAUUUUCCUUGCGUUAAGACAACUUCCUCAACAAAGAGAGGAAAUGAGUUCACUUUUGCUUCCCCUGCCAAGAAAGGAGUAAUGGAAGCUAGAAAUCCAGUAAAGUUGCCAUCUUUCAAUGCAGAUAACAUGAAUUCUCUUCAAUCUGAACCACCUCGAAAGUCUUUCGGUGCGACGAACACAAUCAAUCAACAAUCAGAAACACCAAGAAAGCCAUUUUCCCUUCUUGAUCCAGCCAAUAUUCUGCCAUUAACGCCUUCCCUGUCCAUCCACAGCAUGGUUAGAGAAGAAGAAAACCAGCUGAUGCCCAUAUCAACGCCCAGAACUCCAGGAACAGUGAUGAAGCCAAUGCAGAUGGCCAUUACUCCAGCAACCAUUCGAAGAGUGCCAGAUGAGAAGGAAUACUCCUUUGAAGAAAGAAGACUUGCAGUUUACUACAGAAGAUAG